AUGUCGGAAGACGAUAGAACUUUAUUUGUUGGCGGCUUAUCUGAUCGUGUUACAGAGGAAUUACUUUACGAAUUAUUUCUACAGGCUGGUCCGUUAGAAAAAGUCAAGAUUCCAACCGAUAAAGAAGGAAGAUCGCGAAGAUUUGCAUUUGUAACUUUUCUACAUGAUGUUUCAGUUCCUUACUCUAAACAAGUUAUGGACGGUAUUCAGUUAUUCGGACGGACUUUAAGCUUACAAAAUAGGGGAAGUAACUCUAAUGACAGUCCUAGAAGUUCACCGCGAUCUAGCCCACAUUAUAAUUCCGAUCCUCAACAAAAUAGACAUCCUGGAUACAAUCGUGCAAAUACGUGGCACGGACAAACUAGUCCAGGUCAAAGUCCGCAGUUAGAAGGACCGAGUUUGAUGAAAUCCCCUCCGUAUGAAGUUAAAAAUCUGUAUGCACAAGCGAAGGGGGGUUAUAUGUCAGUGGAUGUGCUACGAGGUCAAAGUUCAGCAGGGAGUAUGAACGAUAUGUCAAUGCAGCCACGGGAAAUGGCACCGAUUGACGUUCGAAGACAACGGGUUUUAGAUAAGCAGCAAAUGUCAAUGAACAUUCAAAAUCAGAGGGGUCAUGACAAUCGCUAUGAUAACCGUGAUGGACGUCAUGAUAGACGUGGUCGCUAUGACGAUCAUUAUAACAGAAGUCGCAGUCAUCAUCCGUAUGAUAAUGAACGAAGAAGAGGGAGAUAUUGAAUCAGUGCUGUUUUAUUUUCAUGUCAUGUGUUAGAGUUUUGUUUGGGGGAAGGGGUUUAAUUCAAGCUAUGAAAAGGAUAUACUUGUUUAUUUCAAUAGUUACUAGAAACUUUUAUUAGCCUCCCACAACACUUGUCAUAUUCGCAUGAGAAUAAUAGAUAUAGCUAUUUGAAAUUAGUUCUGAAUACUUAUAAUUUGAAAUGACCUUUUUAAAUACUGAAAAAUAAGCCUAGGCCUACACUCUAUUCUCGUAUCAACUUUCAGAUUAAGAGAGCUGCUCACGGAAACUAACAAACAUUGGCGAACGUUUUGCUGGAUGUUAGGUCUACAAUGUUUAAACUUGCUCAUUAUGUACAUAUUUGCUGUCCCAGUUGCAUAUAGUCUUUUUAAGAUUAGAACUGGAGGACUUAGUCGUUUUUAAUGCAUCUGAAAUUCUAGGCAGAUAAUUUAGAAAAUCAGUACUCAUCGUUUUUAUUAAGUCAUCUUUUAAAAUGCAUUGCUUUUUACACAAAUUUUUAAUUGUUUUAUUUGUGUAUCAAAAUAUUUGGAUGACAAUAAUUUGGCAGUUUUUACUGAUUGUUUUGGUCAUUAUAAUUUCUCCCGAUUACCAUGAAUUUUAAAAUUUUUUAAAACAAAAAAACUAUUUUAACAUUAAAAUAUUUUAGAGUUAAGAUAUUUGAAGAAUGUUUUUUAUCUGUUUUGAAAUAAAUGAUGUCUUGCUGUCUCUAUUAAUCAUAGUUUGGUCCUACAUCAAGCCUUUUUUACCUC